UAUUUUCUGUUCGAAGAGUUCGAAGAAAAACCCCAUGGCGUCUCUGCUCUUCUUAAACCCCAACCCCCUUAUCUCCCACCGCUCUCUCUUCCUAAAACCCUACUCUCUCUCUUCCAUUCCCAAGACCAUCACCACCACCUUCUCUUUCAGAGCGAAAUGCUCUCUCUCUCGCCGCCCCGACUACAUUCCCAACCGCAUCUCCGAUGAUUCCUUCGUCCGCAUCUUCGAUACCACCCUCCGCGACGGUGAACAAUCCCCCGGCGCCACCAUGACCUCCAAAGAGAAGCUCGACGUGGCCCGGCAGCUCGCCCGCCUUGGCGUCGACAUCAUCGAGGCCGGAUUCCCUGCCUCCUCACGCGACGACCUCGAAGCCGUCAAGAUGAUCGCCCGUGAGGUCGGGAACACCAUAGACGAAGAUGGCCAUGUGCCUGUCGUCUGCGGCCUGGCCAGGUGUAAUAAGACCGACAUAGAUGCGGCAUGGGAGGCUGUAAGGCAUGCCAAGUUUCCAAGGAUCCACACGUUUAUUGCGACAAGCGAGAUCCAUUUGCAGUAUAAACUGCGGAAGACGAGGGAGGAGGUGGUCACAAUCGCGAGGGAUAUGGUGGGGUAUGCGAGGAGUCUGGGAUGUAAUGACAUCGAGUUCAGCCCGGAAGAUGCCGGAAGGUCGGACAGGGAGUUCCUUUAUCUUGUUCUUGGUGAGGUUAUUAAGGCUGGGGCGACGACCCUCAACAUCCCUGAUACCGUUGGUAUCACUAUGCCUACUGAAUUUGGACAGUUAAUUGCUGAUAUAAAAGCCAACACUCCUGGGAUUGAAAAUGUGAUCAUUUCAACACACUGCCAGAAUGAUCUCGGCCUUUCAACUGCCAACACAUUAGCUGGUGCUUAUGCAGGGGCAAGGCAGCUAGAGGUCACUGUCAAUGGCAUCGGUGAAAGAGCUGGGAAUGCUUCCUUGGAAGAGGUGGUGAUGGCUAUAAAAUGCCGAGGUAAGGAGCUAAUGGGAGGGCUUUAUACAGGGAUCAACACCCGGCAUAUUGUUAUGGCAAGCAAGAUGGUCGCAGAGUAUACUGGACUGCAGGUACAACCGCAUAAGGCUAUUGUUGGAGCCAAUGCUUUUGCUCAUGAAAGUGGUAUCCAUCAGGAUGGAAUGCUUAAGCAUAAAGGCACAUAUGAAAUUAUUUCUCCUGAAGAUAUUGGAUUAACUCGUUCUAAUGACUCUGGUAUCGUGCUUGGAAAGUUGAGUGGGCGCCAUGCUGUGAGGUCUAAACUUCUGGAGGUGCUUGGUUUUGAACUAGAUGGUAAGGAGCUUGAUGAUGUCUUCUGGCGUUUCAAAGCAGAAGCAGAGAAAAAAAAGCAUAUGACGGAUGCUGAUCUAGAAGCUCUGGUCUCAGAUGAAGUUUUCCAGCCACAAGUUGUUUGGUCGCUAGGUGACCUGCAGGUUACAUGUGGAACUCUUGGUCUUUCCACUGCGACUGUCAAGCUAAUUGGUGCUGAUGGAGCGGAGCAUGUUGAAUGUGCAGUUGGAACAGGUCCAGUUCAUGCAGCUUACAAAGCCAUUGAUUGCAUUGUGCAGAAACCGGUUACACUUCUUGAGUACUCCCUCUCCUCAGUAACAGAAGGCAUGGAUGCGAUAGCCUCAACCAGAGUCCUCAUACGUGGAGAAAACAGCCAUGCAUCCAUGCACGCUUUAACAGGAAAAACAGUCUAUCGUAGUUUCAGUGGGACCGGAGCAGGAAUGGAUAUCGUGGUUUCCAGUGUACGGGCAUAUGUGAGCGCACUCAACAAGAUGUUGGGCUUCAGAGCUCCGACGGUGAAAAAGACAGCUUCUGCUGAAAGUUCUCAAGCUUCAGCUUGAACAAGGUACCUUAGGUAAUCCACAUAUAUCUUUUCCAAGUACAAGUCUUCAGGAAUCCGCAAGUUUGGUGUUACGUCUUCUUUUUUCUUCAAAAUAUAGAGAAGGCCUGUACUUUAUCAGAACAGUUUCAAUUUCGACUGUUCAUUAAAAGCUUCUCCAUUUUAUUUAUUCAUCUCUGCUGAGAGCCAUAGAGACAAUGUUGCAAUAUGCAUUUUGCUUGAUGAGUUGGCCAGUCCUUUUAUUCCUUGUGAAGAAUCUGAUAGUGUGUAAAAAACGUUAAAUGGGAAUGCUGGACAUACAUUUGCUGCA